AUGUCCUCUUCUCCCACGCCCAAGGAAGCCGAAACGGCCACAAUUACCGACGAGGUCGCGACGACCAAAGGACCUCAUCAAGUUCGCCCGAUCCACGGUUGGAAAUGGAUUUUGACCUGCGUUGCCAUCUACCUCACGGGACUGCUCUACGGGCUGGACACGACCAUUGCGGCAGAUGUGCAGCCAAACAUCGUCAAGUCAUUAGGACACGUUGAAGACCUGACCUGGGUGGGAGCCGGCUUCCCGCUUGGUGGCGUCGCCGUUAUCCUUCCCCUCGGAUCCGCGUAUGGCAUGUUCGAGAUCAAACGACUGUAUCUUGCCUCGAUCAUUCUGUUCGAGGUUGGCAGUGCCGUCUGUGGAGCUGCACCGACGCUCAACGCUCUCAUUGUCGGCCGGGUCAUCGCAGGAGCAGGGGGCGCAGGCAUGUAUUUGGGUGUGCUCAAUUACCUGGGUACCUUCACGACGCUUGAAGAGCGGAAUCUUUACAACUCAAUCAUCGGGAUGGUCUGGGGGCUGGGUGCUAUCCUAGGACCACUUGUGGGAGGCGGCUUUGCAUCGUCUUCUGCCACCUGGAGAUGGUCGUUCUACAUCAACCUAGUGAUUGCAGGCGUCAUGGCUCCGGCGUUCAUUUUCCUUCUGCCCACGCACCAGCCCGCACCGGACAAAAAGCUCUGGGACAAGCUGCGGCACAUGGACUGGCUGGGCGUUGUGCUCAUCGCAUCCAUCUACACGACGUACACGCUUGCCCUGACGUUCGGCGGCGCCCAAUGGGCCUGGGACAACUACCGGUUCAUCCUGACGAUCACGCUGUGCGGACUGCUCCUCAUGGCCUUUGUGGUGACGCAAUACUUUGCCGUCUUGACCACAAAGGAGAACCGCCUGUUUCCGGGCCACUUCCUACUGUCACGCACGCUGGUUCUCUGCUUCAUCAGCACGUCCGCCACGGUGACGGUGCUGUUCCUGGGCGCGUACUACAUCCCGCUGAUCUUCCAGUUCGCGCGGUCCGACUCGGCCAUCAUGGCGGCGGUGCGGCUGCUGCCGUUCAUCAUCUUCACCAUCACGAGCAUCCUGCUCAACGGCAUCUUCAUGCCCAAACUCGGCUACUACAUGCCGUGGUACGUGGCCAGCGGGGCCUUCACCAUCGUCGGCGCCAGCCUCAUGCACACCAUCGACCCGCACACCAGCCCCGCGAGCAUCUACGGCUACAGCAUCUUGCUGGGUAUCGGGUCGGGCAGCGCGUUCCAGUCCGCGUACAGCGUCGCGGCGACGAAAGUCAAGCCGCACGAGACGGCCGCGGCGAUCGGGUUCAUCAACGUCGCGCAGACGGGCACCACCGUCAUCGCGCUCACCAUCGCGGGCUCCAUUUUUCAGAACGUCGCCUUUGACAACCUCAAGCGCGGCCUCGCGCAGGUCGCCGCCGACGGUGGUCACAACUCGACGACGCUGCCUGCGCCUUACUCGGACGCCGAGAUCCACAACGCCAUCUCCGGCACCCAGUCGCUGAUCUUCCAGCAGGGCAACGCGCAGGUCCGGGACGCCGCGGUAAAGGCCAUCAUCGACGCCAUCGACGACGUCUAUAUCAUGGGUAUUGCUGCGGGGGCGGUCACGUUGGUGUCGGCCUUGUUGAUGAAGAGGGAGAGGUUGUUCAUGAGCGUUGUUGCGGGCGGUUAA